GAGAGAGAGGUAGCGAUUCUGCAGAGAAAAUGGGGAGUGUUCUGAGUAAGGCCGGCGACGGCAUCGGAAAUGCGUUGGCGGCUCCUUUCAAGGCCGUUCUACAAGGAUCUUGCGACGACGUGUGCGCCGGAGUAUGGGAUGUCCCGUGCUUCAUCACUCAUCUCUGCGUCUCUGAUUUGAUGAAGCUGUUCAUGAUUUUGAUUCUAUGCUACAUCACUUUGUUGUUCUUCUACAUGUUCUUCAAGCUGGGGAUAUGCCAAUGCUUAGGGAGAACUAUCUGCGGAGUGUAUUGCUCAGCCUGUAAGGCUUACUGGUCUGCAAUGGGGUGUAUGGCGUGUUUCUUCUGGCAUAAACUCACACAAGUCGAGCGUGUGAACAGGCGCCGCCACCGCUUUGCGGACAUUGAAUCCGGCAACAUUGACGGCUCUUUUGCCCCUAACGGUGGUGUCAGCAUCUCUGAACGUUGCCCACAUAGCCGCCGCCGCCACCAUCACCGCCCUUAUAUUGGCGGAGGAGAAGUUGGGGUUCGGGUUCAAGGUAGGCGUCUUGGAUCUACGAGGAGGAAGAAGAAGUUAAGACAUCAUCGUCAUCAUCAUCAUGGUGAGAGAAAGGACAUUGUUGUUCUUGGCCCAAAGAUGGCAUCCUUCAAGAGAAGACGGAUUGUUGCAUAAUAGGAGUGAUGCCCCUAACAAUGUGUAAUUUUACUAGGGGUAAGAGUUGUUUAGUUUAGGGGCCGUUACAUAUUUUUUAUGUUUUGUGUCACUCUUGGUUGACUAGUUUUUUUGUGCCUAUUAUUAUCCUGCUUUUCACUAAUGUGUCUUACAUUUUAGUCUCAUGACAAAACACCAAAGUAAUACCUAUUAGGGAGUAUUAUCGAACUUAGGUACGUAAAGUUCAGCUUUACAGUGAGAU